AUUUUUGAAUAAAACAAAAGGACGACAGCUACCUAGCUUUGUCUACACUCGUAGAUUGUCUUGCUCCUUGGAGCCCUUGCUCACUGCUUUGUUUAUAAUUAUAGUUUUCAUUUUACUCUGCACUCGGGAUAUCGUUUCAACCGUUCUGCUGGUGGAAACCGUGGGCUCAUAAUAGUGCCAGCGAGAUGCUGUGAAGAGGAUUUGUUUUUUUUCGAAAAUAGAACCAUGCUUUGGUUCGUCCUUUCCUGGACUUUGCUUCUUGGGAUUGGAGGAUGCGACGGCCAAUCUGUGAACCCAUGUCGGAACGAAACAUGUGGACGCGAAUUUGAUCCAUACAGCCCACUCGUUUUGUGUAGUGCUCUGCCGGACAAGUUUGUAGAGUGCGAUGACGUCGCUGACUUUACUGGCAAUACUUCUAUGGCAGAGGCUCUAGGAUAUGGCUGUACUAAGUUCGGUGGUACAAAGUUCGAAGAUGUACAACACACUAAGGUCGUGUGCCAUGCUCUACCCGAUAUCGAAUGCUAUGGUGACACAGAUUUCUUACGCGGCAAUGAGCCAUGUGUCAAGUACAAUGGCUACAAUUUCCUCAUCGCGUUCAUCUUCAGCGUACUGCUGGGCUUUGCCGGCGCUGAUCGUUUCUACUUGGGCUACACUGGUCAUGCCGUUGGCAAGCUCCUCACGCUUGGUGGGGUAGGCGUCUGGUGGAUCGUUGACCUUAUUCUUCUACUUAUCGGCUUCCUUACUCCCGAGGACGGCAGCAACUGGGACCGCUACUUCUAGAGCGAUGUAAUAGUCUACCGGAGUACGGAGUACGGAAUAGUCUAACCAUCGCUAGGCGGGUAACUAAGCUAGCUCUCACCUCUUCCUGCAACUGCUGUGCGAUGUGCCUCGAUGUUUCCAUAGAGCACUUGCUACUUCCCUGACUCUUGCUGUCCGCUAGUCUGAAGGACUGUAUAUAUGUACAUAUUUUAUUCAAUCAUCCUGCAGCUUUUUAUUCUAGGAAAGAUUGUACACAAAAGUACCAUACUCUUAUCUGCAAACAGCAAAAGAAUAAGUACCAUUAUUAUUCCAUCCGACAUUUGUACAGUUUUGUGCAUAAUACUUUCAUCGCCUUGCUGCCGACCUUGUUGAAAUUUCUUUACAGUAACAGAAUUUUUAAAUCCACAUCAGAUUGUUUCUUAUCGAUAUCUGGUGAAGAGUGUCCUGUGUGCUCAUUUCCCCCACAUUUCUGGUUUUGUAUCAUUCUUUUAUUUUACUCCAUUGUGCUGUGCGCAAUGCCCUUAUUAUUAUUGCCAUAGUUAGCACUGUGUUCCCGCUGGUUGCUACCGAUUUCCUUCGACUUGCUAUCGUUUUCGACAGUUCUUUCAGACUGCCGCUAGCACAUCGCCUGCACACCGCCUGCAUGUGUUCUUGCAUCCAACCUUGCCAGAAACACUGACCGAAGAUGACUACUGUUGGCUGCAACUGGCCGAGUCAGUGGCAGAAUCGCAUUGGACCCGAGGAUGUUUGCACACAACACACACUUUUUAAAUAUCCGCUCGUGACGCGCGGGUAAAUGUCAAGGUCUAUUGAAUGCAGAAUGGUCAUAAUUUGCUCCACUGAGUAUCGA